AUUUAGUUAAAAAUGUUGUUAGGUUGGUAGAGUAACGAGGGAAAAGAAGGUCUUUCCUUCCCUCAGCCAUGGCUCCAGCUGGGAAGCUUUCUGGGUUUCGUCGAGAAGGCGAUGACUGGUUCUGUAAUGCUGGACUGCCAAGUGAUAUUACUAUUUCCAUCGAGGGCGUCACUUUCAAUCUUCAUAAGUUCCCUCUUGUAUCAAAAUGUGGAAAAAUUGCUCAAGCAUAUGAAGAGUCCAAUAAUACCCAUGGAAAGACUCUGACAAUGGUGCUGGAAGGAUUUCCUGGUGGUCCUGACACUUUCUUAAUCGCUGCCAAAUUCUGUUAUGGGUUUCGUGUGGAACUGACAGCCAGAAAUGUAGUAUUGGUCCACUGUGCUGCAGAAUACCUUGAAAUGACAGAUGAAUUUGGUGAAGGUAACUUGUUGUCAAAAUCAGAGAUUUUUUUUCAUAAAAAUAUACUACGUAACUGGAAAGAUUGUAUUUUGGCUCUCCAAAGCUCUGAGCCUGUUCUACCAAGAGCUGAAAAGCUUCAUUUGGUGGAUAAGUGUUUGAGUGCUCUAUCUAUGAUGGUUUGUACGGACCCAAGUUUGUUUGGAUGGCCCAUGAUGAUGUAUGGGCGUUUUCAGAGCCCUGGUGGAAGCAUUCUUUGGAAUGGUAUAAAUACUGGUGCUAGAAUUCGCAGCGCAGAAUCUGACUGGUGGUUUGAAGACAUCUCAUAUCUCAGCGUAAGUUUGUUUGAAAAGCUUAUUAAGACAAUGCAAGCGAGAGGUAUAAGACCUGAAAACCUGGUAGGUGCGAUAAUGUACUAUUCUAGGAAGCACUUGCCAGGUCUGGGUCGGUGGCAGGGUGGACAAGGUGGUAAAACCAGAACAGUUGCGAGUUUUAGCUUGACGCCCGCUGCCAUUGAUCAUGGGGUUCUGUUGGAAAGCGUUGAGAAACUUCUUCCUCAAAAGAAGGGAAAAUCUUUUUGUCGUUUCCUACUGGGACUUCUUCGUGUGGCUUUGAUAUUGAAUGUCAAUCAAACUUGCAAGGAUUCUUUAGAGAAGAGAAUAGGGAUGCAAUUGGAACUGGCAACUCUAGAUAGUCUUCUGAUUCCUGCGUAUUCUGAUUCUGAUACAUUAUAUAACACAGACUGUAUUGAACAUAUUGUCCAUCAUUUUGUAUCUACUGAAUCAAAUUUAACUGCCUUUUCUCCUUCAUCCCUUGACCCCCAAGCUUCGCCAUCAUCUGAACCAUUAAGGAAAGUUGCAAAGUUGAUAGAUAGCUUUAUUGCAGAAAUUGCUUGUGAUGUUAAUUUAAAACCAGGAAAGAUACGCACUCUUGCAGAGGCCCUACCUGAGUCAUCAAGAUUAUUUCAUGAUGGACUUUACAGGGCACUGGACAUAUAUUUCAAGGCUCAUCCUUGGCUCUGUGAUAAAGAAAAGGAAGAACUAUGCAACAUCAUUGACUACCAGAAACUCUCAAUCCAUGCUUGUGCCCAUGCAUCGGAAAAUGACAGGUUACCCCUCAGGGUUGUUCUUCAAGUGCUGUUCUUUGAACAGCUACAUUUGAGAACAGCAUUAGCUGGAUGUCUCAAUGCAUUGGAUGAUGGAAUUGCUCCAGUAGCUCCUGCUCCUGUUACUGCCCCAGGUGAUAUUGCAGGGGAAAUUGUACAAAGAGAUGGAUGGGUGACUGUUGUGCGCGAAAAUCAGGUUUUAAAGGUAGAUAUGGAUAGGAUGAGUUCUAGAGUUGGAGAACUUGAAGAAGAAUUCAGUAAAAUAAAGCAAGAAAUGAAAAGUGUGACCAAAUCUCAAAGUUCCCUUAGUUCUCCUCGGUUAGUUGCCAGGAAAUUUGGGUGCAAACUUGUUCCACGAGCUUCAGAUGCUCAACCAGAAUCCCUUGACCGCACAAGAUCCACACCGAGAGCAUCAAUUGAACGGGCGCGUAGUUCUCGUAAGUCCAGACACAGAGAAAGCUUUUCUUGAGUAUCAAGAAACCGGAGUUUCUCUUUAUUUUAUUUAUACAUGCAUAGUAGUGUUUGUGUGGUUAUGAAUUUUUUUGUACGAGGGAAAGGGAAGGAAAAUGUUUGUUAAUCCAUUAUGCCUUUUUGUUUCACCAGUUUGCAUAUCUGAACAUUUUCCAUGUCUUUCCCUCGUGUAAAGUUGGUAGGUACAUUUAUGUAGGCAAUUGCACAUGUUAUCCUGUUUGUGUGGGGAAUAGCUCUUGUAUUUAUCCAUAUAGAUCCAUUCUUCUUUUUUAGAUCUUGACAUUAGAAGAUUUUAUUUUAGACACCGUUUGUGAAGGCCAUUGUUGUCAUCAAAGAAAGAAUCAUGUGGG